AUGUUGCCGGUCCCUAGCUUGUCGACACUGGCGACGCUGGCGCUUGGCGCCUCCGCCGUUGUUGCUCAGACGGUGCAGCAGCGCCAGCCCAACAUUGUCUUCAUCCUGACGGACGACCAGGACGAGCAGCUGGGCUCCCUUGACUACAUGCCCUAUGUCCAGAAGCACUUUGUCAAAGAGGGCACGUAUUACCGCAAACAUUUCUGUACCAUUGCAAUCUGUUGUCCGUCUCGCGUCAGCUUGUUGACAGGCCAGGCGGCCCACAACACCAACGUCACUUACGUUACGCCUCCCCACGGUGGCUACCCUAAGUUUGUGUCCCAGGGCUACAAUGAGAAGUAUCUGCCUGUAUGGCUCCAGGAUGCUGGAUACAACACCUACUACACUGGCAAGCUCUUCAACGCUCACAGCACCGACAACUGGAACAAUCCCUUCCCCAAAGGAUGGACUGGCAGUGAUUUCCUUUUGGACCCCAAUACAUAUCUCUAUCUGAACGCCACGUUCCAGAGAAACCAGAGCCCGCCUCAGACCUUCCCUGGCGAGUACAGUAAUGACUUGGUUGCCGACAGAGCAUUGGGUUUCUUGGAUGACGCUCUCAAAUUCAAUGGCAGCAAGCCCUUCUUCCUUGGUGUCGCGCCAAUUGGUCCUCACAACAACGGCCUUGGCGGCGAAACAAGUGCAGGUGCCACGCCGCCUAUCCCGGCAAAGAGACACGAGAACCUUUUUGCCAACGUCACUGUGCCUCGUACUUACAACUUCAAUCCUGAGAAGGUGAGGGCUCUAUUGUCCCGUCGUCUCAGUCUCAAAAAUGGCGACUAA